AUGGUGCCGCCUCCUAUCGCCCGCGCAGUUCAGCAGGUGCAGGGCGUCGCGCAAGCCGCGGCGCAAUUCGCGCAGGAGCUCGUUUUCGAGCUGCGCACCGAGUCGCAGGAGGCGCUGCGAACGGGCCUCGGCAUUCCCAGGGCGGUUACCAGCAUCGCCAGCUUCGGAUGCUUCGCAGUAGCAGCAGCGGGCACAGCAGCCAUCACCACUGACUUCGUCGCUCGGUUAUAUGGCGCCAGGGAGUGUGAGGGAUGCAACGGGUGGGAAGGAGUGGCAUGCACUACAUGCCGAGGAACAGGACACACUAGAAGACAAGCGCUGCCAUCCAGCAAGUCCUCUGGGCAAUCUCUCCUCGUGGCAUCACCCCAUCCCGCCGUCUCCUCCUCUUCCUCCGCAGCUGCCGCCUCUGUUUCUCUCUGCCCCACGUGCCACGGGUCAGGGGUGAUGAAAUGCUCUGUGUGCAAUGGAGACGCGUGGAAAAACAAGAUCACAUUUGACAGGGUGCUGGACUCGCCACUGAAAGCCUGGGAUGCGUACCGCAUGGCGAAACCUGUCAUGCCAUCCCCCGAGGCAAUGCAAGACCCGAACCGCGCUGCCUUCUGGCUGCUGCAGCGGCCGGCAGUGGAGGAAGGGGUGGAGAUGAGCGAGAGGGACAAGGAGGCCGUGUGGUGGGAGCACCAGUGGAAGCAACGGUAUGAGGGCAUGCGGGAGGCAGUGCUGCAGAAGCAGCCGGGGUGGCAGCAGGCGCAGCAGGCUUUAAUCGAGAUGGAUCCAUCUGCGGCUCUCAACGACCCUCAGCUCGAUGCUGCUGUCCGAACCAAGCCCCUCAAGGCUCGGCGGCUGCCGAAGCUGGAGGGCGACGCCGAGGCUCGGGUGGCUGCAGCUCUGGAAGAGGCUCGGAAGAAGGUGGAGAAGAUGACUCCUCCCCCCCGACCCAAAGACUUUGGGUCCUUCCAGCUAGACUGGGUGCAGGAGUCCGAUCACUGCAAGGAACCGGAUCAGAGCAAGAUGAAGGGAGAGGCGGAGAGGCAGCAGUGGCAGGCAAUGCUGCAGCAGCAGAGGGAGGUGGAGGAGAAAAUGUUGGACGCUGCCUGGCGGGACACCUGGCAGAACGAUAAGGUAGAGGAGAGCUUGAAGAAGGCCGUGUCUCGCAUGAAAGCAGCAGAUGAAGCAGCAAGGAGAACAAGGGCCGUAGAGGAGAGCUUGAAGAAGGCCGUAGAGGAGAGCUUGAAGAAGGCCGUAGAGGAGAGCUUGAAGAAGGCCGUAGAGGAGAGCUUGAAGAAGGCCGUGUCUCGCAUGAAAGCAGCAGAUGAAGCAGCAAGGAGAGUUCAUGUAGAGGAGAGCCUGAAGAAAGCUGUGUCUCGCAUGAAAGCAGCAGAUGAAGCAGCAAGGAGGAGAGCUAAGGUUGUGUUUUCUUACGUCGACUUUGCCCUCCCCCUCUGCCUUGCCCACCCCUCGUUGCAGGUAGAGGAGAGCUUGAAGAAGGCUGUGUCUCGCAUGAAAGCAGCAGAUGAAGCAGCGAGGAGAGCAAAGGCGGCAGAGGCAGCUGCUGCUGCAGGAGGGGGAGCAGCAGGUGCAGCAGCAGCAGCAGCAGGAGGGGCAGCGGGUGGGAAAGGAGGGGCAGCGAGCAGUGGAGGCAAGGCGGCUGGGAAGAAGAGCAGCGGAGGGGACAAGGGCAAGGGCAAGGUGAGGGAAACAGCAGAGUCCUCUCAUUCUUCCCCACACCCUAAAUCCUAA